UUAGCAAAUAAAAGGAACAUAGGAAGUUCUAUUAUGCACACAGUUGCACAGAGUCUAAAGAAUAGUCAACAUGAAACGCCUCAUUGCAUCUUCCGUCCUCGUGAUGUUCCUCCUAACCCCAUCUCUGGCUUUGAUGAACAUCAGUGACACCCAUCUUCUGAGUGGCUCUGUUGGGACCCAAACCAUCCGUGUCGAUGCCUUCCACGGUAUGGUCAGGAUCCAAGACAACAAUGUUUUGAGUGAAUGGGCUGGAAUCUUGGACUACAAGAAUGCCCUUUUGGCAGCUAAGCUGUUCAGCAAGAUGGCCUGUGUCCUGGCCAAGAUGGAUCAAGUGGUCUUCCCAACGAUAAAUGACAUUAGCAAGGCCUUGGGCAAGCAGACUUUCAAGCCCUGCCCAUCCACACAUGGUCUGACCUACACUGUUUUACCCAUCCGAGUCAAGAACUUAGGCCAGUUUGGAAUGCCCAUCGAGGACAUAUGCAGAGGGGUCCCCACCUACUUUGCCCAACAACAAAAAGAAGGUACUGCCCUGGCAAUUGACCCCGACUCCUGUUCUCAAGUCCAGCUCCUGUCCUUCAUUAGGCUCUCCAUCUGUGGUGAGAUCCAGGGGCUGUGAACCUCCAGGUUGGCAAUGUGGAGAAUGGACCUUCCUGGCCUGGGGUCAGUGCUCAGGGACCAUACUACCUCUGCCUUUGAGAAGUCACUCAUUUCAGUCCUCUCCCUUCUGUCUUUUGACCCAAUUCUCAGCUCUGUGUCUGGAAAACUCAGCACACUUUCUUCCUCCGGGUUAGAACAAUAAAGUUUCUUGCCUCACUGGUCUAGCAUA